AUGGAUGAAACAAUUUAUGACGAUUUCAAUACACAUCUGCAUAGUAAUAUAAACGAUUAUAUUAAUUAUGAAAGUUAUAGUUCGGAUAAAGAAAAUGAAGGGAAUAAUGAUAGCGACAACUCCCAAAAGGAUGAACAAAUAAAUGAUAAUAAUAAUAUUAAUAAUGAUGAUAAUGUAAAUAAUAUUAAUAAUGAUAAUAAUAAUAAUAAUGAUGAUGAUAAUAAUAUUAGUAGAAAUAAAAGAAAAAAAAAAAAAAAUGAUGAUGAGGAUUAUAAAAACUUAAAAAAUGAUAAUGAUAUAAAGCUUGCAGUAAAAAUCGCUGUACAGGUUUUAUUAAAUAAUCAACCUUUUCCUGUAAAGAGAGAGGAUCUUUUUUAUACUAUAUCUAUAUAUGUACCUAGUUGUAAUAGUAAUAUAAAAAGAAAAGUUAUAAUAAAGGUUUUAAGAAAACAUCUUAAUAAUGUAUUAGCAUUAAAAUUAUUAACUUUAAGUAGUAAAACAAAAACAGAAUAUACACUUACACAAAAUAUUUUUUAUAAACAACAUAAUGAUUUAUUAUUAUCAAAUAUUGAUCAUACUAUCAGAGGAUUUUUAAUUUAUCUUAUUCCUUUUUUUAAUGUAUUUCAUAAUAAACUCCCACUUAAUUAUUUAUUGUAUCAAUUAAAUAUCGCUGGUCAUAAAACACUUAAAACAAAAGAAGAUAUUAUUAAAAUUAUAACUACUCCUACUCUUCAUUCCAAUAUUGUAUAUAAUAACAUUUCAUGUAAUGAUAUAAAUGAACCACUAGAUCUUAUUAUAUAUGCAAAGAAAUUAUCUUAUAUAGAAUUUAGUAAUGAACAAUAUGAUGAAAAUUCCAUAGACGGAUUCUAUAUUAUACCAACACUCAGGUUCCAAUAUGAAAUUAAUAUGAAAGCAUAUAUUAAUCAACUUAUGAAUAUGCCUCACAAAAAAUAUCAAUUAAAAGAUAUGUAUGUUUUAUUUGAUGAAAAAUAUUUCGUAGAUAUAAAUUAUGACAACUUAUAA